AUGGUCUGGCCAUUUUCCUCCACGACGAAUGAGAGCCAGCAGCCCGCGGCUACGCAAACUGCAGCAUCACAUUCUGGGGAUGCAACUGAAUACCUUCGCACGCAUUCGUUCGACAAGAGCUCUGGCGGCAUGUCGACAACGACGCCUGAGGAUGCGCCAACGGCAGCAGGACUGCUGCGUAACACGGCGUUGGACCCUGCCAGGUUACACCCAUUUGCAGAUAUUAAGGAUGACCUAGAGUACCUGGAUAUUGAAGACGACAGGCCCAACACGAUUCAGGGCGCACGCACGGCACUCCCAUCGCGUGGCUGGAGUGACGAUCUUUGCUACGGUACUGGCACGACAUAUCUGGGUGGCUUGUCUGUAGGAGCUCUGAUUGGAUUGCGUGAAGGAUUGACCCGUCCCCUUGGCAUUGAUUCGCCGACAUUCCGUCUGCGCAUGAAUGCUAUACUAAACCAGGUCACACGCCGCGGCACGUUCCUUGGCAACAGUGCAGGUGUGAUCGCUCUGACGUACAAUAUCUUUGACGCAACUAUUGAUGCGGUGCGUGGCGAGCAUGAUAUCUAUGGCAGUGUGGCAUCUGGCGCACUGAGUGGGGCCUUAUUCCGUUGCACAUGUACGUUGCUAAUUUUUUGCGCGUUGCAAAAGAACUUCCACAUCAAUCUUUUCGGCAUGUUACUGACGCUAAAACAACAGCGGGUCCACGAGCUAUGCUUGUGUCGAGCACUAUCAUGA